CCGAGACCAUCCAUCUCAUCUCAUCUACCUCGGUUGUAUCUCACAUCUUAUCGUUGUAUCAUCUGGAGGCGUCCGGGAAGGUUGUGUGAAUAGGUUGGAGAGUGAGAGAGAGAGAGAGAGAAGAUCUUCGGCGAAGCUAUUACUCUCGCCAUAAACGUCAAGCAAGGCGAGCAACAGGAGGACUAGAUAGAAUCACCUUCACCUCUUGAUUCGCUUCACCUUACGCGAUGCCCUCUACGUCUCGCCAUCCACUCUUAGGUGCCGGUGCACAAGGCAACCCGACGACUCAAGCGGACGAUCCACAUAGACGCCGUCGCCAUCCAACAUUCUUCCUGUCUUCUUCAAGGACCAGCCCAGCCUUAGACACGUCUUCGUUCUCACAUUCGCAUCAUCCGGGAUCUUCUUCCUCAAACGACAAGAUGCACAAUGACACACCAUCAAGCGAUCCAUCAGACCCUAUCUCCAUGGAUAUGUCUGACGAGGCUGUUCAGCCCAUACGAUCGAAUGGCACUUCGGCCGUCUCCCUAUCAUACCCUAGAACACACGGUCAUUCGCACACGGCUCACACUUCCCCGGCUCGGUCUAGACGACCUUCCGCGUCACAUUCUACAGGUUUGAGGAGACCGUCUCGAGCGUCGUUGAUCGCUCUUCGGACCGCAUUGCAGGAAUACCAAGUGAGAUCCCCUCAUACUCCGGAAAAGAGGGUACAAAAGCAAUCGGCUUAUCAGGACAUGGGCGACCCAAUGCAGUCUCAGUCUAUGAGUACGCUCGAUCUCAAAAACGUCGCCAAUGCGUUGGGCCCCGAAACGAUGGAUGCGCUGGUGGAGAUACAUCGCGUGCUGUACAAGGGCUGUCGAGGCAAAGAUGAGGAUGCGUGGACAGUGAGGGAAAAGGAGGUCAGACGAGUGGUGGAGAGAUGGUUGGAAGCGGAUUGCAGCUACGAUCAUCCCCUGGUUCAGACCACUAGUCGACAAUCAUUCCUCGCUCAUUUUGUCCUCCUCCAUCUCGUCUCGUCCUUGUCAGUCCCUUCGCUCACACCCUCCAAUCUUAUCGCUCAAGCGAGAUCGACAGCUUGGUAUCUCCGAUCAGCGAUUCUAGGUGCAGAGGAGCUCAGCUCGCCCGAUGUGGAGGCGGUUUACCCGGCAGAGAACAAGAUAGUGAAGAACAGGGCCAGGCAAGCCAGUCUCACAUCCGAUCAUCAGGUCGGAUGGCCAGACCACACACGUCUGGAUAGUUCGGUCAAGGCGGACGAACAACCCUCCUCGGCGAAGUGGUGGAAGCUAUGGGAGGUCAGUGCUGCGUGUAGGGAUAUCGGAGCCAUGGAGUGUUAUGACGGAUACCAUCUCGCGUUGAUUGAUCACACAAUCACCCUGACUCUGUUCCCAUCUCUCUCAACCCGGACGCAUUCCGAUUCGCUCUUGUCCCGAUCUCCAUCCCUGGACUCCCUUGUCUCGUCCGACGACGAUCUCAUGGACCUUGCGUCGCCUGAUUCGAAUCCCACAUUCCUCAGACGCUUGGUCGGUGCCCUAGCCGAUGAGUUUGAAUACCUCUUACAUUGGGAUCUGCCAGUCUCCACCAUAGUAGAAUUCAACGAAGUUGGCAAAGCGACUCAUAUUCGCGACGUUGUCGACGUGCGAGACGUCGUCGAGACAUUCGUACCAUUUGCCAAACGAUUCGGGUGGCUCACGCGUCGAAUGACUGGUCUCAUGAGUGCGACCGUUGGGGUGGUGGCCAUGUCCUUGUUGGGCUCGAUCUCUGGUCAGGCGGGCGUCGGUACGAGGACGGACGACAAGAAGGUCAAGACGAUGAGCCAGACUGGUCCAUUCAUCCUCAUCCUAUCCAGUAUGUGAGCUGACACAAUCGUAGGUGACACACUUGCACCCCCAGUAGGCCUAGGUCUCGAUAUCAAGUCCGCGACUGUCGACCCGCUCGUCGAUACCAGGGGCCAGUUGCUCUCCCCGCCAGACAUCACUACUAUGCCUGUACGACCUCGUGGAAUGUCGUUGAGAGGAUUGAGUGUGGACAGUACAAAUUCACUCGGGUUGGAGGGAAUGGAUAUGGACUCGAGGGCUCCUGAUUGUCUAGGUCCCAUUGUGGACUGAUUCGACACACGCGCUAGGUCAAACAAGUCUGACUCGAUCUCUGCUCAACGAUACCUGUAUACAUCAUGAUACGGAAUCCGAUUGUCUCUCCCACAGUUCGCGAUUGUAUAGAGUAUCUCUUGUAGCUGGUAGACAGUAUGCAUCCCAUGUACAGUG